UGACCUGAAGAGCUGGUGCCAUCUAGUGGUAGGUAGCCUAUUGGUCUUCUCACAGUUGUGUGCUGAAGUUCCUAUGCGCUGAUAUGUUAAAAGCACACGCAUAAUUACACGCAUUUUUAUUUUAAAGCAAAAUGAGCAAUGUAUCCAGACCAGUAGUUUUAACCAAAGAUUCUAGAGAGCGCUAGAAUCUUUGGUUUUAACAGACCAAAAAGACACAUCACAUACCUCUUGUCGCCUGGUAACGUAAAGAUUCUCUGUUCUAGAAUCUUUGAUUUCGAGUUUGAAUCAACUAGUCAGUCAAGUUGAGAGGAAUAUCAAACGUGCUGCUCUUUCAAGAGCGAUGACAGCAAUGGCUCAUUUUCUACCCACAUCGUUGGCGGCCUUUUUCGUGAUUGUGCUGGUCCACUUUUGCAGAGAGUGUCACGCAGCAGUGGAACUUCGUCUGGCGGGCCAACACCUGGAGGUCGUGGACAGUCAGGAUGUGGAGGACAACUCUGUGAACUUCCGUCUGGUGGGCUCCGAGCAGCCCGUGGAGGUGUUGGUCGGCCAUGACGUGGUGCUUCCGUGUUCCGUGCAUCCCCGCGUCAGCGCCGUAGACUUCAACGUGGACUGGAUGACCCACACCUACAACGAGCCCACCAACAAGGUCCACACCUACAGGAACGGCAGGGACGAGAACCAGAACCAGAUCGAGGCCUACCGGCACCGGACCGCGCUGUUCCGGGACGAGCUGCGGAACGGCAACCUGUCCCUGAAGCUCAGCGCCGCACGUGUGAUGGACACCAGGUCCUACUUCUGCAUCACGCAGUCCGGGAGUAGACAUCGCUACGCUGUUAUUCCACUUACCGUGCGAGCCAAAGGGUCCAAACCCAACAUCACCAUUGAGGCCUGUGAAGGUGACAGCUGCAAGUUGGUCUGCGAGUCGAUUGGCUGGAGCCCCAAGCCUGCUGUUGACUGGCUGGAUGAGAAGAGGAUCAGGCUGACCACCGACGCGGCCACGUCCAAGUGGGACCCAGUGGGCGGGACCAGCGUGCGCCGGAGCAUCGUCGUGGAGACCAACGCGGCCUACAUCUGCAGGGUGUCUUACAAAGACCACGUGGAGCAGGCCGAGAUUCACAUCUGAGGUGAUGGUUUCCAUACACAUCGGACCAUUGCAGACCUCUACAUCAUGCCGAUCUCUUGUAGGUCUGUUUGUUUAGCUCUUCUGGUUCCAGUAUUUAUUUUAGUUCUGUUUGUUUAGCUCCUCUGGUUCCAGUGUUUAUUUUAGUUCUGUUUGUUUAGCUCCUCUGGUUCCAGUGUUUAUUUUAGUUCUGUUUGUUUAGCUCCUCUGGUUCCAGUGUUUAUUUUAGUUCUGUUUGUUUAGCUCCUCUGGUUCCAGUGUUUAUUUUAGUUCUGUUUGUUUAGUUCAUGUGGUUCUGAUAUUUGUUUUAGUUCCCUUUGUUUAGAUUCUUCGGUUCCCUCACCUCGAGUGUUGGGUAUUCUAUUUACUCAGGCGUGUCAGCAAAACACUGGUGAAGUAGUAAUGUAUUUAAAUCAGAUGGACGGUAUCAUAAAGACCUUGAGUAAAAACACUGGUGAAGUAGUAAUGUAUUUAAAUCAGAUGGACGGUAUCAUAAAGACCUUGAGUAAAAACACUGGUGAAGUAGUAAUGUAUUUAAAUCAGAUGGACGGUAUCAUAAAGACCUUGAGUAAAAACACUGGUGAAGUAGUAAUGUAUUUAAAUCAGAUGGACGGUAUCAUAAAGACCUUGAGUAAAAACACUGGUGAAGUAGUAAUGUAUUUAAAUCAGAUGGACGGUAUCAUAAAGACCUUGAGUAAAAACACUGGUGAAGUAGUAUUUUGUAUUUAAAUCAGAUGGACUGUAUAAUAAAGACCUUGAGUAAAGUAA